ACGCCUGUGGAUUGGCUGAUGGAGCUGUGAGCGCGGCUGUAGUUGAGCGCGGGGAACCCGAAACCUGGCAGUCGCCAUGACUGGCUCUCCGGCGUCAUCAAGCUGCCGAGGCUUCAAGCUCUUUUUCUUCUUGCCCCUUCACCGCCUUCUGUUGUUGUUUCUGGUUUUGCUUGGGACCCUGGCCAACAAACUUAAUGUGCCACAGGUGUUGCUACCCUUCGGCCGAGAGCCAGGCCGGGUGCCUUUCCUGCUGGAGGCGCAGCGGGGCUGCUACACUUGGCAUUCCACCCAUCAUGAUGCAGUUACUGUUGAGCCUUUAUAUGAAAAUGGCACCUUGUGUUCCCAAAAAGCUGUACUCAUUGCUGAAUCUACGCAACCGAUACGCCUCAGCAGUAUUAUUCUUGCUCGAGAAAUAGUGACUGACCAUGAGCUGCGCUGUGAUGUCAAGGUUGAUGUGAUAAACAGCAUUGAAAUUGUAUCUCGGGCCCGGGAACUUUAUGUAGAUGAUUCGCCACUGGAACUGAUGGUGAGGGCAUUGGAUGCUGAAGGAAAUACUUUUAGUAGUCUGGCAGGGAUGAUGUUUGAGUGGAGCAUUGCCCAGGACAACGAGUCAGCAAGAGAAGAACUGUCCAGCAAAAUUAGGNNNCUUAAAUACUCUGAAGCAGAAUAUGCUCCCCCAAUGUAUAUAGCUGAGAUGGAAAAAGAGGAGAAACAAGGAGAUGUGAUUUUAGUGUCUGGGAUUAGAACUGGUGCUGCUGUUGUAAAAGUUCGAAUUCAUGAACCAUUCUAUAAGGUAAAAAAUCAUACUCUUAUUUUAUGUCUGCUUCCUGAUCACUCCUUUAUGAUCAAGAAUACAUCAUUAUCUACUGGAAUGGCUGCUGUCAUUACAUUUAUGUAUCUUUCAUGUCUUACAGAGGUGAAAUUUCCCCUGGAACAUUAUAUACUGGAAUUGCAAGACCAUAGAGUUGCACUUAAUGCGUCUCAUUCUGAGAAAGUAGCUUUACUGGAUGACAAAACAGCCAUGGUGACUGCCUCACAACUGGGCCAGACUAAUCUUGUCUUUGUCCAUAAAAAUGUUCAUGUGCGAUCUGUGUCUGGACUCCCAAAUUGCACCAUAUUUGUUGUAGAGCCUGGAUUUUUAGGUUUCACUGUCCAACCUGGAAACCGAUGGAGUCUAGAGGUGGGACAGGUGUAUGUCAUUACAGUAGACGUCUUUGAUAAAAGCGGCACAAAGAUCUAUAUUUCAGAUAAUCUCAGGAUUACACACGACUUUCCUAAAGAGUACUUUGAAGAGCAACUAACUACUGUGAAUGGAUCUUACCAUAUAGUAAAAGCCCUGAAAGAUGGUGUUGUGGUAAUAAAUGCAUCCCUGACCUCCAUCAUUUACCAGAAUAAAGAUAUUCAGCCUAUAAAAUUUCUAAUCAAACACCAACAAGAAGUGAAGAUUUAUUUUCCCAUCAUGCUUACACCCAAAUUUCUGGCAUUUCCUCACCAUCCUAUGGGAAUGUUAUAUCAUUAUAAAGUACAGGUAUGGUACAAUGGGGAACCAACACAGGCUUUUAACAGGUCAAUGAUACAUGUCCUGAAACUGAACAAAAUGGAACUGUUACCAUUUCAUGCUGAUGUGGAGAUUGGCCAGAUUAUAGAAAUCCCCAUUGCAAUGUAUCACAUAAAUAAAGAGACCAAAGAAGUCAUGGCAUUCACAGACUGCUCUCAUUUAUCCUUGGAUCUGAACAUGGAUAAACAAGGAGUCUUUACUCUGCUCAAAGAAGGUAUUCAAAGACCUGGACCAAUGCAUUGUUCCAGUACACAUAUCGCAGCUAAAUCUCUCGGCCAUGCUGUGGUAACAGUAAGUGUGAGUGAAUGUGACAAGUACUUGGAGAGCAGUGCUACAUUUGCUGCUUAUGAACCCCUAAAGGCUCUAAAUCCUGUGGAAGUGGCAUUGGUGACAUGGCAGUCUGUGAAGGAAAUGGUAUUUGAAGGGGGUCCUCGUCCAUGGAUCUUGGAGCCCUCCCGAUUUUUUUUGGAAUUGAGUGCGGAGAAGACAGAGAAGAUUGGAAUAGCACAAGUGUGGCUGCCAUCUAAGAGAAAACAGAACCAGUACAUCUACCGGAUCCAAUGCCUGGAUUUAGGGGAACAAGUUCUCACAUUCCGAAUUGGAAAUCAUCCAGGUGUCCUGAACCCUAGUCCAGCUGUAGAGGUUUUGCAGGUUCGCUUCAUAUGUGCCCACCCUGCCAGUAUGUCAGUAACGCCAGUAUACAAGGUGCCAGCUGGUGCCCAGCCAUGUCCUCUGCCACAGCACAACAAACAGCUGAUUCCUGUGUCAAGACUGAGGGACACAGUCCUGGAACUAGCAGUGUUUGAUCAACACAGGAGAAAGUUUGAUAAUUUCAGUUCACUAAUGCUAGAAUGGAAAUCCUCCAAUGAAACACUAGCCCAUUUCGAAGAUUAUAAAUCAGUGGAAAUGGUAGCAAAAGAUGAUGGCAGUGGGCAGACCCGGUUACAUGGUCAUCAGAUCCUUAAAGUACGUCAGAUAAAAGGAACUGUACUUAUUGGAGUCAAUUUUGUGGGCUAUUCAGAGAAGAAAAGCCCAAAAGAAAUUUCCAACUUGCCCAGAUCUGUAGAUGUGGAACUGCUCCUGGUAGAUGAUGUAACUGUAUUGCCUGAGAAUGCCACCAUCUAUAACCACCCUGAUGUGAAGGAAAUAUUUAGCCUUGUGGAAGGAUCUGGUUAUUUUUUAGUCAACAGCAGUGAGCAGCAUGUUGUCACCAUCACUUACACGGAAGCAGAAAGCUCUGUUGAGUUAGUUCCAUUACAUCCUGGAUUUCUUACCUUGGAGGUCUAUGAUCUUUGUUUGGCUUUCUUGGGUCCAGCAACAGCCCAUCUCAGGGUGUCAGACAUACAAGAGCUGGAGCUUGAUCUGAUUGAUAAGGUUGAAAUAGGCAAAACUGUGUUAGUGACUGUGAGGGUUCUUGGCUCUUCCAAACGCCCAUUUCAAAAUAAAUACUUCAGAAACAUGGAACUCAAACUGCAGUUGGCUUCUGCCAUUGUCACCCUGACGCUAAUGGAGGAACAGGAUGAAUACUCUGAAAAUUAUAUUCUUCGAGCUACCACUAUUGGCCAAACCACACUUGUGGCUAUUGCUAGGGACAAGAUGGGAAGAAAAUACACAUCAACUCCUCGGCACAUUGAAGUGUUUCCUCCAUUCAGACUUCUUCCAGAGAAAAUGACACUGAUUCCAAUGAAUAUGAUGCAGGUAAUGUCUGAAGGUGGCCCCCAGCCCCAAUCCAUCAUUCACUUCUCCAUCAGUAAUCAGACCGUGGCUGUUGUUAAUAGAAGGGGGCAAGUUACAGGGAAGAUGGUUGGCACAGCUGUGGUUCAUGGCACCAUCCAGACAGUAAAUGAAGAUACUGGCAAAGUCAUUGUGUUUUCUCAGGAUGAAGUACAGAUUGAAGUUGUUCAGCUAAGGGCUGUUAGGAUCCUUGCAGCUGCAACUCGGCUCAUCACAGCUACCAAGAUGCCAGUUUAUGUCAUGGGAGUUACCAGUACCCAGACCCCUUUCUCCUUCAGCAAUGCUAAUCCUGGGCUCACAUUCCACUGGUCUGUGAGCAAAAGGGAUGUAUUGGAUCUAGUGCCCAGGCAUUCAGAGGUUUUUCUACAGCUCCCAGUAGAGCAUAACUUUGCCAUGGUUGUCCACACAAAAGCAGCAGGCCGGACCAGUAUCAAGGUCACUGUUCACUGCAUGAACAGUUCCUCUGAGCAGUUUGAGGGGAAUUUGUUGGAACUCUCUGAUGAAGUACAGAUCCUGGUGUUCGAAAAACUCCAACUCUUCUAUCCAGAGUGCCAACCAGAGCAGAUUCUGAUGCCUAUAAAUUCUCAGCUCAAACUCCAUACCAACAGGGAAGGAGCUGCCUUUGUGAGUUCUCGUGUUCUCAAGUGUUUCCCUAAUUCAUCCGUCAUUGAGGAGGUUGGUGAAGGGCUCCUGAAAGCUGGUUCCAUUGCAGGUACUGCUGUAUUGGAAGUCACUUCUAUAGAACCUUUUGGAGUCAACCAAACAACCAUAACCGGGGUCCAGGUAGCACCGGUGACAUACCUGCGAGUGAGCAGCCAACCCAAGCUAUACACAGCCCAAGGAAGGACCCUGUCAGCAUUUCCCCUGGGCAUGUCUCUCACCUUCACUGUUCAGUUUUAUAAUAGUAUCGGAGAGAAAUUCCACACACACAAUACCCAGCUUUAUCUGGCUCUGAACAGAGAUGACUUGCUGCUUAUUGGACCAGGGCAUAAGAACUAUACUUACAUGGCCCAGGCUGUGAACAGAGGGCUGACACUUGUGGGGCUUUGGGACCGGAGACAUCCAGGCAUGGCAGAUUAUAUUCCUGUUGCUGUAGAGCAUGCCAUUGAGCCGGACACCAAGCUUAACUUUGUUGGAGAUGUCAUCUGCUUCAGUACUCACCUUGUCAGCCAGCAUGGUGAACCUGGGAUAUGGAUGAUUUCUGCCAACAAUAUUCUACAGACAGACAUUGUCACUGGAGUAGGAGUGGCCAGGAGUCCAGGGACUGCAAUGAUUUUUCAUGACAUCCCAGGAGUAGUGAAAACAUAUCGAGAGCAACCACUGAAGGAAGGUUCAUUCAACAAACUGUUUAUAAUACCUGAUAGCAGGAGAAGAUGUGGAGUAACAAAGAAAAGGGUUUAUAUCUGCAUAAUCAAGGUUCGACCACAGUCAGAGGAGCUGCUACAGGCCCUCAGUGUGGCUGACACCUCAGUCUAUGGGUGGGCUACACUGGUCAGUGAACGUAGCAAGAAUGGAAUGCAACGAAUCCUCAUUCCUUUCAUCCCAGCCUUUUAUAUUAACCAGUCAGAAUUGGUUCUUAGCCACAAGCAAGAUAUCGGAGAGAUAAGAGUACUGGGAGUGGACAGAGUUCUUGGGAAGCUAGAGGUCAUCUCCAGCUCCCCAGUUCUAGUGGUCACUGGCCAUAGCCGCUCUCCCCUCACUCCUGGCCUGGCCAUCUACUCUGUAAGAGUGGUCAACUUCACUUCCUUCCAGCAGAUGGCAUCACCUGUUUUCAUCAAUAUUUCCUGUGUACUCACCAGUCAAAGUGAGGCAGUGGUAGUGAGGGCUAUGAAAGAUAAGUUGGGUGCAGAUCAUUGUGAAGAUUCAGCCAUCCUCAAGCAGUUCACUGGCUCUUACCAGAUCCUGCUCUUGACCCUCUUUGCAGUGCUGGCAUCAACAGCUUUCAUCUUCCUAGCAUACAACGCCUUCCUAAACAAGAUACAAACAGUUCCAGUUGUGUAUGUACCAACUCUAGGAACACCACAGCCAGGUUCUUUUAACUCCACAAUUUCUCCCCCUCACUUCAUGAAUCUACAACCUCCACUGGCCCAAAGUCGGCUGCAACAUUGGUUAUGGAGUAUAAGACGCUAAUCUCUGCUUGGACAAGUUCCUUUUAACUGUAGGGGAAUGAAGAUUUCUAGUCCUAGACAAGCCUAACAACAACUUCUACAUUAAGUUUCCAGAUAAGGCUUCUGAGAACUAUAAAUAAAGCAUCCUAAGCUGUUUCUUAAAA